AUGUCAGCAUCUUCUGUCGGGGAGAUGGUGAUUCAGGAUGUCUUGAUGGCUUCAUCUGUCAGGGACACACUGACCGUCAGCUCUUCCGAGUUAUGUACAAGCUCUCACGAGCCAACACAGACAGAUGCGUUCUUGCCACUCAGCCAGUCGCAGCAUGUAAGUACUUUUGAUUCACCGGGUGAAUCUCAACCGACGCCGGUGCCGCUAGAUCCGCCGUUUCUCCUGGACGGCCUCUGGCCCGGCGAAGUCGGCCAUGAUACGUUUGACGACUUGAUGACGCCUCUGUCUCCAGCAUCUGAUGAUAACUUGGAUAUUGGGUUAGUCGGAUUCUUACCUCUGACGAAGCCAGGCCACCUGGGGAUCGAUACCUCUGAAAACGACAUCUACCUGCUCGUGAAUUUUAUGGAGGACAGCUUUACCCGGCAGUACUCGUUGCAUCAGGCAGCACCUUCAAAGAGGCAAAAGUCCUGGCUGCUGGCCCCGAUGCUUCGCUCCCCCACGUUUUACAACACGUCCCUGAGCAUGAGCGCAUACCAUUUGCAUUUGAGUAAGUCGUGUGAUGCUAACGCCCGAGAGACGGCUCUGAGAAGCUACCAAAGGUAUCGAGAAAUGGCCCUCCAAAGCUUCGAGAGACUGGAAUCUACAGCUUCCUCUACCCAAAGAGAGAUGAUUAUAUGCGGAGUCCAUAUCGCUCGUUUGGAGGCGCUGGGCAAGAACAUUCGAAGUUGCCAGUCAUAUCUUGGGCGCGUGACACAAGUCAUUCUUGAACAGGGAUGCUUGUUCCACGCGGGCCUGGCAUGCCAUCUGGGACAGCCAAAGGAGGCGCCGACUCACUACACAACUCCUGAGCUGUCGCCUUGGUGCGCUGAGCUGGCACUCUCUGCGCCUAUCCCACAGCCCUCUCGCAUGGAACUGGAAGCCGAGGCUCUCUUCGUUUCCGUCUUCAUCUGGAAUGACAUACUGUGUAGUGCGGUGGAAAAGAAGAUGGCUUGCGCGGCCGGCAUGCACCGAAAGCUCCUGACAGACGACGGAUUCUGCUCGGCUUUUCAAGCCAUCACCGGCUGCGAGGCGUGGGCCAUGGUUGCCAUCAUGGACAUCACGUCACUAGAGAUCCAGAAGAGCGAGCAAGAGGCCCAGGGUAACCUUAGCAUUCGCGGGCUCGUAAGCCAGGCAGAUACCAUUGAAGGGGUCGUGGACCGAGAAAUGGCGAGGAUAUCCAACAUGAUGUUGCCCAAGUCCCCAGACGAGCCCCAAGACAAGGCUGUUGUUCCUCAUGAACUCAUUCAGACCCUGAUAUAUGGCCAUGCUAUCCUCAUUUUUCUCAACACGGUCGUGUCCGGGGCCCUGACCGGGGUCCCCGAGAUUCACCAGAGCAUCGGCCGCGCGAUGCAGGCGUGGGAUAUGCUCCCUGCCACAGCAAACCCGAGGUAUUUGGCAUGGGCUUACAGCACCAGCGCCAGCCUCGCAUCAGGCUCCCAGCGAGACGUCUUUCGCAAUGUGGUGGCUCGCAUGUCACAUGUUGACGUCGACACGGGCAGUCUUUGCGAAUUCAGCCACGGGGUAGAGGAGUGUUGGAAGGAGACGGACAAGCACGGCUCGAACCAUUGCGUCACUUGCGAUUGGAGGGAUAUUCACAAAAGAGCCAAUUUGAACAUUUUGUUUGUAUGA